UACCAGAGAAAUUCUCCGGCAGGUUUUUUGGAAACAGCAGAAACCUGUUGGAGCAGGUACGGAGCAUGAAAAAGAAGCUAUGCCCUGCUAAAGAGUCGUGGCUGUUUGUUCUCCUGCACAAAGAAACGUCUGAGCAAGAGGAUAAAGAAGGAGGGCAAAACUGCAUUAGUCUCUUGAGAAGGACCAAAACUCAAAGAUGCACCAGGGUCGCCUGCGUUUACGGCCAUGGCUGGAAGAACAGAUUAAGUCAGGGAGAUAUCCUGGAGUCGUAUGGCUAGAUGAAACUGCUCAGGUCUUCCAGAUUCCUUGGAAACAUGCUGCUCGACAUGGCUGGAAUAUAGACAAGGACGCCACUUUGUUCCGAAACUGGGCCAUCCAUACAGGGAGAUACAAACCUGGCAUAGACAAACCAGAUCCCAAGACUUGGAAAGCCAACUUCCGCUGUGCUCUCAACUCCUUGCCAGACGUCCAAGAGCUUCGAGACAAAAGCAUCAAGAAAGGCCACAAUGCUUUUAGAGUCUAUAUUCUACUCCCCAACAGCAAAUUGCCAAAGAAGAGAAAAGUGUCCAGCUUAGACAUGGAGGAUGCCAGAGUUGGUUUGCCUGCAUUACUACCACACACCGGUGCACCUCUGGAAAGGUUUACGGAGGCUUUCUGGAAGUAUAAAGAGGACAUCAGAGGUGUUGCUCCUGAGAUGUUUGCUAAAAACUGCUACUCCACAUUACCAUCAGUGAAAGAAGAGCGCUCAGCUACCUACUGCUGUUCCCCAGCCAAUAUCAGCAUGUCAGCACAUGAAGUCCAAGCAAAUGCAAUGGAAGACCAUGAGCAGACUGAAGCAGUGUUAAAGAUAGUAGACCACCUACAGAACACAGACCACUGGAGCCCUUUGCAUGAGCGUGAAAGAGGCUGGAGACCAGCAAAUUCCUGGAUGGAAGGUCUUUAUGAAACAAUGGACUGUUCUAGCUACCCCUUCCAGGCAGACUGGCACAAUCACAACAUGACAAGUCAAUUUGUCUGAGAUAACCAGCAAGACAGCUAAUCAAAGUUUUCAGUAACACUUACAGUGGAUCAUAAGCAUUACAAAAGUGCAAUCAAAUACAGAACACACAACUAAUGGACCUUCUUCCUGAUUGUUUGACAAACUAUAAGCAUGACUGCCUGUAUAUGAAUAUUAGGUGCACUAAGAAUGCUAGUGAUUGCUAUUAAGCUAUAACCAUGUUUUGUGUGAAAUGCAUUACAUCUAUCAAACUCUUUAAUUUAGGCCUCAGUCUAUAAUGCUGAAGUUGAUUUUUUUCUCUUUUUUUCUGCACUGUCAUGAUCACUUUCUAAGCUGAUACAGACUUGGACUAAAUGUGACUUCUGCUUUAGAUUUUCAGGAGCACGUACGUCUAUUCAGACACUUCCUGUCCAAAUGAAGACUGAGUGGUGCUUUAAGGUUUUUUUCCCCCCCUGCUUUUUGUUCAAACUUAUUACUACAGUAAUGACAAUUGCGCUGAGUAACUUGACACAUAUAGUUCCAGAACUUUGUCAGUCCUACAUUGCUUUUAUAAUAAAUAUAAUUUUUUAUACUUUAAAAUUGUACAUUUCUUUGACAAACCAUGUGUCUACUGAGUGAAAUUAAAAUGAAUUCUUGCUUGAAGACG